AGGCAUUCAUCAUACACUCCGCCACGCAUGUUUUACCCUUCACAAAACCCACAGCCUGAGCUCAGCGGUGACAUUAGGCUGUAACGCCGCUUUCUACCAUUUACAAGCCCACGUGUACGACUGAGAGUCAUGUCAAGGUGAUAUUAACGUAUUAUGAACCCAUCGGAGCCAAUUAGAUCACGUGCGCACAUCAACAAUAUUGUGGAACAGCCACAUAUAGGGAUGUAGAUGCGGUAAGCAUUCAGCGAUGAAAGGCAUGGGGAGAGCCCAGCUGAGGGCGGUUGUGUUGCUCUACGCUACAGUGACAGCCGUUUUGUUUUCCUGCACGAAAGCAGCCGUCCGCGUCAACGCCAGAGACCGACUUGCAAGUUUCCAUGGCAACGUUCCACGUCACAUCCGGUACAAGAGGUCAACGGGAUCUCUCGCGGACAUAUUUGGUCUCUCAGAUGGAGAAACUUUCGAGAUUCAAGCAGAGACAACCACCGCCCAGGGAACCAAGCAAUUGAAGUUAGUCGAAAAAUACCGAGGUAAAGAUGUGUUUGAUACUGUUGUUACCCUGACAACGGACGGACAAACACCGUUAGAUGCCCAAGGUCAUUUCGUGCAGGACAUCCACAAGGAUGUGUAUCGGAAAGCACCUUCUUUGAAGAAAAAUGAACUUUUUGACAUCUUGAUCCGUCACUUCAAAGAUGAAAAGCGUGUCAAUGAUAUCGGGAGCCGUAAACUUCGACGCGACUUUUACGUGGACGACAACGGACUCGCUCACCGCGUCGCCAUGCUGGAGUAUCUCAUUCAAAACAGGCACGUACAGAAAAGACCCACGGGUAUAAUUAACAUAAAAACAGGGGAGAUAAUACGAGCAUGGGACAACUUGGCAACCUGUCGAUCCUACAUGAGGGGCCGAGUGUUUGGUGGAAACCGAAAAAUUGGUAAAAUCAAGUACGGUAUCUCUCCAACCUGUCUUGAUUUGAAACAAAGACGCGGCAUGUGCUUCCUCGAAAAUAAACAUGUGAAAGUGGUGGACAUGUAUAACACUGAACUUGAUUACCUCACACAGACGGCUAAAUUUUACUGCUUCCAUCGUUAUGGCGACCGUAUAAAUGGCGCCUACUCCCCCGCCCUCGACGCACUCUACCAUGGAACCAUCGUUGGUAAAAUGUUUGAGGAAUGGUUCGAUUCCAAGCCCCUGAAAAAAAAAAUGAUUCUCAGAGUCCAUUAUUCCCAUCUCUUUACCAAUGCCUUCUGGAACGGCCACAAUUGUUCCUUUGGAGACGGAAUUCCCGGUGUUUCCUAUCCAUUUACGUCUUUGGACAUAAUAGGACACGAGAUAGCUCACGGAAUUACGGAGCAGAACUCCCAGCUUAUGUAUUUGGGAGAAGCGGGGGCCAUCAACGAAGCCUUUUCGGACAUAACUGGCGAAAUGGCGGAACUGUACGCCGACACGAUUGAUUGGAGGGUUGGAUAUGCAAUACAGGUUGACGGUUCAAUGCGGUACUUUGAUAACAGAUCACUAUCUCAUGUGAGUGACUACCGGGACGACAUGAAUACCCACGACACCAGUGGAAUCUUCAACCACGUGUUCUACCUCCUCGCGCAUGAAUAUGGAUUGUCGCCACCCGAUGUGUACCGGGUGUUCCUGCACGCAAACCGGAUGUACUGGCACCCGAUGACGAACUUUCGAACAGGUGCGUGUGACGUCAUGCUUUCUGCUUACGACUUGGGUCAACCGGGAGAACCGUUUGCGCGCGCAUUUACCAGAGUCGGAAUCGAACCUUGUGACAUCGAGGAUCAUGUGCAUCACUUGCGCCACAACAACACCUUGUUCAACGUCACCGUGUCAAAUACGACAAUGCCGGUUUUUGGCCUUGAAAUCCCGACUUGGGGAGACUCCGUGCAUAUCAAUGCAUCCAGUCUACAAUCCGACAUUUACAUUCGAGUUUAUCAGAACAAAUGGACUGAAAUAACCGAUUCUACCCCAACCAUUGCAGAAGGUUACGAUGUCGUUCAAUAUAAGCUCCCUCUGCGUUAUCAUAACCACAGUUGUUUAAUUCAACUAUCGACAAAGAGUCCAAAACCCAUUAAAGACGUUCAGAUAAGGGGAGGCUACUCCUGUGUGAGUUAUUAUCGAACGCGCAACCGUCAGAAGAAUGCAUAUUACUUGUGGGACUGCCACGGUAUAGAUGUUGGGCCUAUUUAAGCAAAACUACGAACAUUUAUAUGAAAGGACGUUAUUAAAGGUGGAGCUGGUGUAUCAAUGACUCUGUUAUCGGCAGAGUAUCGCAUUGUAACUGAAUCGCUAGAUGGCAAUUAGAUCUGGACUGUGUCAAUUCCAGUGAAACUGAUCAACAUAUGACCAAGAUUAACCAAUAAUGGUUUGAGUAUUGCCUUGUAAGCUUUGUUCCCAGUGGUUAUCGUUCGGAAUAGCAGAGUUCCGGACUAGCGAGGUUUCACUGUUAUUGCAAACCAAGGGGAUAAAGGUGCCGACUUGCCGUCGACCACACCUCGAGUUCCCUAUAUGAGUGAGUCUCUUUGAACAGUUUAACGCCGCUUUGAACAGUAUUUCAGUUUUAUCACGGUGUGUCAGCUUGAUGUGGGAGAAAAUCCCGAAAUGAUACAGAUCUCAGACGGUUACCAAUUUGUCUGAAACCCUAUGAGAACAGGUAUGGUGCUGACAAACCUAGAAACACAACAGAACUCGCGAGGACAGGUUUCUGGCGUGCCCAAGGGACGCAACUCUGCACAUCGAUUUGGAGCGCUUUACACGACUGGGCCACCCCUGCCCGUGUUCUCCAUAUGGGCGCCAUAUAAGGAAGCCUCGGACCCAUAGUCCCCUGUGUUCUGUUGAGGUUUACCAACAAAAGCUGCCAGGCGAGAAUGUUACUAUCGUUUAGGUCAAGUUUCACUGUUUCAUUACAAGGCAAAACGUUAUGAGCUAGGGGCGAUCUUAUUGUAUAUAUGUGUUUUGGUUUGAAACGACAAUAUCCUCACAACAAUUUCAGGUUGACGUAUUCGGUUCUUCUUAUCCCAGACUAACUUUUACAAGUCAUCAUCCUCUGUUGUCCAGGGUAUUUGAUCUCCAUUAUAGUAUUAAAGUACCCUUCACCAAAUUGCUGUUAUAUUUACCGUUUGGGAAGUGACGUGUUCGGAUCGGUAUCUCUACUCAGUAACGUCCCACGUUGUACAUGAGAGUAAUUUGAUUGAAAGGUCAUUUUAGCGUCGUGCCAUUCAAAAUGCGAUACACAACGAAGCUGAAAUAGAGAAUAGGCCUAAAAACUUUUAUCGGAAUAGAUUAGAGAUGUAGCAAGGUUAACCUUCUUCGGAUGACAAAUAUGGAUCCUUUUUCAACCGAGCCUUUUACCACUUUAAAAAAAAAGGAAAAGGUACAGGUAAUUCCGAUAACAAAUAUUCAUUUGUUGUGGCCUAACAUAACCAGUUCUAUACAACUCAACUUCUAAAAAGUAUAAUCAGUUUUGUCAGAUAUAUUAAAAUAUACACAUGAUAUAUCAUGAGAAUCAGUUCUGUGUAUCGUGGAACAAUAUACAUAUCCCUAUAAAAUAUUGAGCAGUGUUUUUUU